GAUAAUCUUCAAUGUAAACGAUCUAUCCCGAUAACUUUGGAUGGGUUUUUGGGUUGCGGUUUUUUACAAUAUUCUGUUUCUCAGUUUGAGAGAUGUGAGAAAACGAACCGAUUACGUUUGCAGAAUUAUAUGCAGCUUAAGGAAAGGAUGCGUCGGAAUGCUAUUAAGAAAAAGAUUGGCGAUAAUUCAUUACAUAUUGGGAAUAGGGGCACUUAUGGUAUUAUUACGGAGAAAAAUUAUAAACUCUUUAAUGGUGAGAAGAAGCGGAAGAGAGUGGAGAAUCCUAAUACUUAUUUUGAAUUUGGCGUGCCUGUGUCACAUCGCUCUUUAAAGAAAAUAGAAAAUGUUAAGGAGGAUACGGAGAGAACCGUCAAUGAUGAGAUGCGUGCGUGUUUGGAAGUUAAUAAGGAUCUUACUAACGGUGUAAAGAUUAAGGAUUUAAUUAUUAAGUAUCAUAAAAGGAUUCCGAGCUGGUCGAGGUCGCUUAUGAGUAUUGCUUUAAUGGAGAAGUAUCUGAAUCAGAAGGAACCUGUUGAGUACACUUCGAAGUUUCAGCCAGCGAAUUUCAAUGUCACUGCAAAGAUGAGAGCUUGGGUGAAUGAAAAUCUUAAGGCGAAACCGGAACGUCCUAGGUCAAUGUUGCUUAUUGGGGAGACGAGAAAAGGGAAAACUAAGUGGGCUCGGAGUCUUGGAAAACAUAUUUAUUGGAAUGGUAAUCAUAAUUUGGAUAAAUGGAAGAAGGAGGCUGAAUAUAUUGUAAUGGAUGAUUUUACGUGGGUUCAUAAAAAGAAUUUUAAAUAUAAUUCUGAUUAUAUCGAAAGAUGGAAGCCGGUUAUAGGAUGUCAGGAGGAGUUUGAGAUGACUGAUAAGUAUCGUCAUAAGCAGACAUGCUAUGAACCAAAACCGUGUAUUAUUCUCUGCAGUCGCGAUCAGGAUCCGUGGAUGGAUAUGGAUGAGGAUUUUAAAGAAUACUUUGAUGCUAAUGUUGUCGUGAUCGAUUUGGGGAGUAGAGAUAUACGAAAAAUAAAUUCUUUAUCCGUUAAUAGGUCUUUGGAGUGUGUGAGUUCUGUCGAAUCUGAUGAAAGACGUAAGCGGGUUAAAAAUGGGUAA